ACCCCUCCUACACCUCCGGAUAAUAAUGCUCCACCGAUGCCAUGGUUUGGUAUGGAUAUCGGAGGUACACUAACAAAGUUAGUAUAUUUUGAACCUCGGGAGAAUAAUAGACGGGAAUUGGAUAAAGAGACAGAAGUAUUAAAAAAUAUAAGAAGGUAUCUGACAAGGAAUUCAGCGUAUGGGAAAACUGGAAGACGAGAUGUACAUUUACAGAUGGAGAAUGUAACAAUCCGAGGUCGUCGUGGUUCCCUUCAUUUUAUUAGGUUCCCAACCAGUGAGGUUGGGGCUUUCCUACAAUUAGCUAGGUCUAAAGGGAUGGCGGACCUUGUUAAUACUAUUUACGCGACUGGUGGAGGUGCAUAUAAAUUUGAAGAGGAUUUUAAAAAGGAGGUAAAUAUGCGUCUGUCAAAGUUAGACGAAUUGGACGCGUUGAUAGCUGGCGUGCUGUUCGUUGACAGUAUGAAUGCCCAGGAAUGCUAUUACUGGGCACCCCCUAACGAGCGCCCCGUGCAUCAGCAGCCCAGCGACACGCCUCCAUAUUCAGCGGAAGCGUUAAGCGUUUACGUACGUAAGCCGUACGACUUCUCAUCACCGUACCCCUUCCUGCUGGUGAACAUCGGCAGCGGCGUCUCCAUGCUGGUGGUUAAUGGACCCAAUGACUACUUCAGAGUUAGCGGGACAAGCCUGGGAGGAGGUACAUUCCUCGGUCUCUGCUGUUUGUUGACUGGAUGCAGUAGUUUUGAGGAGGCCAUAGCGUUAGCGGCAUCAGGUGAUAAUACCACCGUUGACAAACUCGUGAGAGAUAUAUAUGGUGGGGAUUACGCACGAUUUGGAUUGCCGGGCGAUUUGGUUGCUAGUAGUUUCGGUCAAAUGUGUUCAGCGGAACGCCGAGCGAAGGUUUCCCGUGAGGAUUUGGCGAGAGCCACAUUAGUUACUAUUACUAAUAAUAUCGGCUCUAUAGCAAGACUUUGUGCCUCUAAUGAAAAUAUUGAGCGGGUGGUGUUUUGUGGUAAUUUCCUGCGAGUUAAUCCUCUAUCUAUGAAGUUACUGUCAUAUGCUAUGAGUUACUGGUCAAGGGGUGCUUUAAAAGCAUUAUUCCUAGAACAUGAAGGUUAUUUCGGCGCUGUUGGUUGCUUACUUCACUUAGAUAUCAACCACCGUAAGGAGAAUAAUCGGCAUUCUGUGGAGACGAGUCAAGCGGACAGGUGAACUUGAAACUUCACUAUAAAAUACACUAUAUAUUGGCACAAUAUUAUAUUAUGUUGAACUAUGGGACUAUAUUGUGUUGAACUAUAGGAGAAUAUCAUGUUGAACUAUGGGACAAUAUUUUUUUGAACAAUGAGGCAAUGUUAUGUUGAACUACGGUUGAACUAUAGGAUUAUAUUGUGUUGAUCUAUGGCACAAUAGUGUGUUGAACUAUGAAACAAUAUUAUGUUGAUCUAUUGUACAAUAUUAUGUUGAACUAUAGGACAAUAUUAUGAUGGUCUACUGGAAUAUUAUGUUGAACUAUUGUACAAUAUUAUGUUGAACUAUAGGACAAUAUUAUGAUGGUCUACUGGACAAUAUUAUGUUGAACUAUUGUACAAUAUUGAGUUGAACUAUAGGACAAUAUUAUGUUGAAAUAUUGUACAAUAUUGAGUUGAACUAUAGGACUAUAUUGUGUUGAACUAUAGGACAAUAUUAUGUUGAAAUAUAGGACAAUAUUAUGUUGAACUAUAGGACAAUAUUAUGUUGAAAUAUAGGACAAUAUUAUGUUGAAAUAUAGGACAAUAUUAUGUUGAACUAUAGGACAAUAUUGUGUUGAAAUAUAGGACAAUAUUAUGUUGAACUAUUGUACAAUACUAUGUUGGACUACGAGACAAUAUUAUGUUGAACUAUUGUACAAUAUUGAGUUGAACUAGAGGACAAUAUUAUGUUGAAAUAUAGGACAAUAUUGUGUUGAAUUUUUAGACUUUAUUAAAUUUGGAUACAAUAUCACAUAUGACUUUGAAGGAAUAUUUUGUAUGUAUGAAGAAACAAUAUAUUGGUUUAUAAUUUAAUAAAAGUUUUUUUCGUUCCAAAUCUAUAUUGUCCCAGAAGUGUAUAUUAUAUUGGAAUAUAUUGCAUUAUGCAGUUUGAAGCAUUUAUCUGCUUUUGGAUAUUGCGGUUUUUAUUUUAGGUAAAUGUAAAUAUGGGAACGGAUAAGUUUUCUGAUUUUUAUUUAUAUUUUGAUAUUUGGUUUUUUAAAAACGGUAAAAUGACAUUGUUUUAGUAAAUGAUUAUAAUCUGUAUAAUUACAUAUGGUUGUUAUUGAAAUAGGAUUUUUUUAGGAUCUUUACGUUGAAAAAUCGAUACGAAUGGUUUCAUCACAAAAUAUAAUGAAGUUUUAUUUUAUAUAGCGAUAUUUCGGUGAGUGCUUUAGGUAGGUUCUGUCGGAAAAUAUGUAAAUUAUGUGUUUUAUUCAAAUUUGAUAGAAAUAUAUAUAUAUAU